UAAGAAGAGUCACCACGGUAACCGUCGCGUCUAUUGCUCGUCAUCAUGGCCCAUGUUUUCAAUAUUGAGAAGUUGACAAGCACAUAGAGAACGUGUAGCAGCGAUUCGUGAAUGCUGACUUGGUUUUGAUGGUCGCGCAUAGAAAAUAACGCAAAGACAUGAAGUCAGACGUGGAGGAGUUGAUGCCCAGACUUCUGCCUGUGGAGUCCUGCGACGCAGAGGAAUUUACCUCAAACGAACCGCCAAGAAACCCUCAAGAAUAUCUCAGACAGGUCCAGAGGGAAGCGUCUCUGUGCCCAGAUGUUGUUGUGGCACAAAUUGAUCCAAAGAAGCUGAAAAAGAAACAAUCUGUAAAUGUGUCUAUCACAGGUUGUCUAGCUGCACCUCAGGGUUUCUCUCCCAGCUUGAAAUGGCAGCAACAACAAGUCAGCAAAUUUUCAGAAGUCAGACAGAGUGUUAACAAGCAUCGCCAGCAUUGGAAAUCUCAGUUUUUGGAUGAUAAUGUUGUUAUGCCUAAAAUGGAGGAUGAGGAUGGAUGGAAGAGGUUCUGCUUGGGUGAGAAUGUUUGUCUUGACAUCCAGCUGAAAGAAGACGACAAAGUUAACCCGGGUCUUGAUUACGUCAAGACUGGUUUCCCACCUUUCCUAAGCAUUGUCAGCAAACUAAACCAGUCAACCAUCUCAGCUGUGCUUGAGUAUUUAAUCAAUUGGUUUGAGGAAAGAGACUUUGUACCACAGUUGGGCAGAUGGCUUUAUGCAUUACUAGCGUGCCUUGAGAAACCGCUGCUUCCUGAAGCACAUUCCCUUAUCAGACAGUUGGCAAGACGGUGCUCUGCAGUGCGUGCCAAUCUGGAGAGCAAAGAUGAUGAUCGUUUGUCAGCUCUUAACUUGAUGAUUUGUAUUGUUGCCAGGUAUUUUGAGCAAAAUGAUUUGGCUGACAAAGAAUGAGAAGAACUUGGAAACGGAUGGAAGAGCUUUUGCGAAGAGGAAUCAUGGGAGAUACUCAGGAGAUUUUGUAAAAUAUAGAAAGACCGUAUGCAAUAUCUUGCCCAAUUGCAUUGAGUUUCAUGUAAUAUUAAACUGUUACAGCUACAAAUUACUGUCCUUUAAAACAAUGUUAUUGCCAAAUAAAACUCAAUUUCUGACAUAAAACGCAAAUAUCUUUGGCUUCUCGGUAUUUCAUUGUUGUCAACUGUGUCUGGCACAUAAAA